AUGUCUUUAUCGACGAAUUCCUCUGUCUAUAAAAACCAGUGUUCGCCCUGUAGUAUCCGCAAUACUUCGUCCAGCCUCAUCAACCCGCUGAUUAACACAACCAACCUCCUCCCCAACAGUUUCCGACAAUCCAGCUCGAUACCACAUUCCAGCAAACCAAACCAAACCAAACUACACAACAAGCGCCAACAUGUCUUCCCCGAACCAGUCCGACACCUACUUCCGCCACCUCGGCGAGCGCAUGACCGGGCGCCCCUAACCCAAGAAACCUCCGCCACCAGCGAGAACCCCGAAGUAGGCAAACCCGGCUGGGGCCUGGCCAUCGCCAACGAAUUCACGGGCCACCUGUGCAUCGCGCACGCGCCCGUCAAGAAAAUCUGCCGCGUCUCGCACCUCGUCAUGGUCAAGCCGACGGCCGAGCAUCCGCUGCACGCGUCGUUCAAGACGGCCAAGGCGGCGGAUCUGGAUAAGCUAUGGGAUGGUAGUGAGGCGGCGGAACCGGUUAAGGUUGGUGAGAUUGCGAGGGGGUUCUAUAGGGAGGAGGGGAAGGAGGGGGAGAAGGAGAGGCCGUUGAAGGUUGGGGUUGGGAAGGUUGUUUGUGUUUUUGAUGGGGGUGAGGUUUGUUUUGUCAGGUCCAGGUGGGAGGGGAAGAAGUAA